AUGCUAAUUCCUAUUUUUAGAUCCCAGUCUCGAAAUAUACUCCACCGCUCCCCGAUCACCCACCGAAAAUACACUUUUAUUCGAUGCUUGUCAGAAUGGCGAGCUCUCCAGCCAUAUAGAGCGUCUUUUCCAUCGUCCACAGCGUUUCCCCUUGCACCAAGACAACAAAGACAACAUAAUUCUACUGAGAGUUUGCAAACUACAGGGAAAGAUCUAGAAACAUGGGCACUUCCUGACACAUGCCACGGUUGUGGCGCGUUGACACAAUGGGUAUACCCUAAGGAGCCUGGGUAUUAUACCGUUACGCGAAAGCCCGUGAAGCAAUACAUUCGGCAUAUCACUCAGGGAAAGCAGUCAGAUGUAGAUGCUUCACCCAUAGCAGCUUAUGAGAAUAAACCUGCACAAGAAUCCAAAGAACCUGAGCACAUAGCGAUUCCACUGUGUGACCGAUGCCAUAAUCUGAUCAACCAUGGAGAAGGGGAAGCAAUACCCUAUCCCACGUUAUCUUAUAUACGUGACCUAAUCGAGGAGUCCCCUUUCCAUAACAAUUAUAUUUAUCAUGUUGUCGAUGCGGCCGAUUUCCCACUUUCCGUGAUCCCAAAUCUCCAACGAUAUGUGCCAAUACAACCACAGCGCAGCCAGAAUAGAAGGUCGCAUACCAAGAAAUAUGGAUCGAGUCGCUAUCUAGCUGAAUUGAAUUUUGUUAUUACCCGAGCCGACCUACUGUCGAAUGUAAAACCGCAAGCAGACUCGCUGAUGAAACAUAUGGUCGAGAUCUUGCGGCAAACCUUGGACCGCAAAGAGCACGGUAUCAGGCUGGGAAACGUUCAUAUGGUUAGCUCAUAUAGGGGCUGGUGGACAAAGGAGAUCAAGCAAGAUAUCUGGAAUCAAGGCGGCGGCGUAUGGAUGGUGGGCAAGGUGAAUGUCGGCAAAAGCAAGUUGAUAACAUCAGUGUUCCCAAAGACCGCUCCUGCAUACAAGGCCAGGAAACUCCAGAACUCCAAAGGGAUCACUAUAGUAGGGCGUUCUACACCUCCGGAUAAAACAAACGUUUCAGCGGCUGAGGAACUGGAAGACGAAGAGGAUGGAGUUGCCGUCUUGCUCCCGCCACUGCAGAAGGAAGUCCCCUUUCCUAACCUCCCGAUUGACUCUGUCCGUCCUGGAACUACAGCUUCUCCUAUUAGAAUACCAUUUGACAAGCACCGAGGUGAAGUUAUUGACUUGCCCGGGCUCUUCCGUUCCGGCCUUGACGAGUUUGUACGGGACAAGCAUAAAUCUGACUUGGUAAUGACAAGCCGGCCGAGACCAACUCAACUAACAAUCAAACCCGCACAAUCGCUUCUUCUGGGUGGUCUGAUUGGAAUUAAGCCAUUAGAGGAGAACGAGAUUUUUCUGGCUUCUCCCUUUGUUUCCUUGGAACCACACACUACUCACAAAGACAAAGCAGCCGAGAUGCUAGCUCAACAAAGAGAAUGUCCCACAGGAAACAUUGCAAAAGAAGGAAUUGGAGAGCAAAUUACUUCCGCUGGGAUAGUUGAGCUGAAGUAUGAUGUGACCGCCAGAUACGCCAAACCUCUUCCAAAUGGCGACUUACCAUCAUUAUAUCGAAUAAUGGGGGUUGACAUCCUUAUUGAGGGUUGUGGAUGGGUAGAGCUUACUUGUCAAGUCAGGACGAGAACCCGAGAGCCUGAAGACUUCCCCAGAGUUGAAUUGUUCAGUCCCCAGGGGAAAUUCGUUGGAAGCCGGAUGCCAUUGAGCACGUAUGCCUUCAGCCUGAAGCAUCGAGCACAGGAGGAAAACAAGCGUAUGACAAGAUCAAUGCGCCCUGCAAUCAAAAGACAUUCCCGAAACCAUUAA